UCGGCACUCGAGCAGUGAUCACUUCUCGGAACAGCUUUAGCCGGCGGCUUAACCAGGAAGUAGAAACGCGAGCAGCGGGAUCAGCGGCCAGGUUGAUAAUUCGCAAGUAGAAUAUACGCGCGAUAGAGUAGAAGCUGUUCUCGCUCGUUGGCGGUUUUUUUUUUAUUUUGGAGCAACUAGCUCCACGUCGGGCUUCCUUUUGCUCUGAGAAUCUUCGGUGUUACUCCUCAACAAUUCCGUCGUCAUCAAAAAGGAGAGAAACGGAAAGGGAAGGCCGAAUAUCCGGAAGACCGGUUGUUCUCCCUACGAGUUUCUCGGUUAUGCCCUGGGUCGCCGCAUGUUUUGAUCUGUUGGCGACUCCGUUACUGGGUUACUGCCUCGCGGUCAGAAAACUGGCCCUGCAAGCCGGCCUCCUGCAGGAGAAAAAAAACGAUCUCGCCGUGAGGCAGACAUCUAACACGGGGACACCCUUGAACGCUGACACCACAACCAUCAUGGCUCCUAACGCGGAAGAGCAGCGUCAAGACUCUGGCAAAGAGAAGGUCGCAGCAAGAAUCUCAGGUCUAUCAAAAUCAUCGCACAAAUUCGCGGGAGUUAUCAUAGCCACUUGCGGUCUACCGGCUCGUGGAAAAAGCCAGAUUGGACAGAGCCUUGCUCGCAGACUUAUUUGGAAUGGCGUAACUACAAAAGUGUUUCGUGUGAGUGAUUACCGAAGGAAGCGAUUCGAACCUCAUAUAUCUCAAGAACUUUUCCGACUGGAUAAUGCGGCAAAUAACGCGUUAAUAGCUCUCGCUCAGAGAGAUACUAUGCAGGAUUGCGCAGCAUGGCUUGCAUCUGGAAAUACUGUGGCAAUCCUGGACGCUAUGCUAAUCACGCGAACACAACGCACGGAAGUCUAUGAUUACUUCUCCGGCCAGCUUGGUUAUCGCGUUCUCUUCAUCGAAUGCGUCUGCGACAAUCCAGAAGUUCUGGAGUACAACCAACAGGAGAUCGUAAGACAUUGCGCCGACUAUACAGGGGUAGACACCGCUUUGGCUGCGGAAGAUCUGCGCUCAAAAAUCGCUUUUUACGCUGGAAUAUAUGAACCUAUGAACGAUAGAACUUAUCCCAGGAUCAAAAUUAAUACUGCUACCAUGGAUAUCGAGACCUGCAAAGUAUCCGGUCACAUUGAAACCAGCGUGCUUGGCUACCUUGGAGAUAUCAGCCUUAAACCUCACACUCUUUAUUUCUCGAGGCAUGGCGAAAGCGAGUACAACGUGGUGGGUAAAAUCGGUGGCGAUGCGGUAUUGAGCACCAGAGGUGAGCGUUAUGCUCAAGCCUUGUCAAAUAAGUUCAACGCCAUGCGUAUUCCCGAUCUUCGAAUUCUCACUAGCCGCCUCCGUAGAACGAUCGCAACGGUGCGUGGCAUCGAAGCCCCUCGGGAACAUAUAGCCGCUUUAAAUGAACUUCACGCGGGAGUGUGCGAAGGUCUCUCGUACGAAGAGAUGCAGGAGCGUUAUCCACAGGAGUUCGCUUGGCGCGAUCAAGAUAAGCUUCGCUAUCGCUAUCCGUGGGGCGAAAGUUACAUCGACGCGAUGCUACGUGUCGAGCCGGUGAUUGCCGAGUUGCAGUGUUCUAAUAAUGUUCUCGUAGUGUCACAUCAGGCGAUAUUACGCUGCAUCAUCGGAUUCUUUCUUGAUAAGAAACCUGAAGAGCUGCCCUACAUGGAGGUGCCGCUGCACACGAUAAUCCGUAUCACCAGUCAGGGUUACAAUUACAAGCUCGAGUUUUUCAAGCUGCCGAUCGAGUGUGUUAACACAACUCGUGUCAAGCCACAGAACUGCAGUGGUGACCGUACUGCUGCGGAUGCUCUGAUAACCGUUCCCGCGCACUUUGACAUACCGGAUCCUUGGAGAAAUCCCGGAAACGGGCCCACUCUCGUACAGCAGCACUAAAGGAACUAAAGAAGUUCGUUUUAAAAGUGACGUAAAUCAAAUUUUGAAAUAUAAGUUUGAUUCUUAAAAAGAAAUAAUACAAAGCAAUAGUCAAUCGGUAUACGAUUUUGCAUAUGAUAUCAGAAAAUUUUACAAUAAAAAGAAAUCAAAUAAAUAAGAUAAAAUGUUAUUAAUUUGUAUUAAUUUUAAUUGUAAUAUAUUUUUCUAUUUAAAGAACUUAUAAGAUUUUUGAAAGUUGAUUUAUGUCACCAUUGAAGCAAGGCAUUCUUCGCUUAUAUCAAGAAUUCUAUAUUCACGGCACUAUAAAAGAUUAUUUACUUACUUGUUUGUAAUUCUGGGAUUUAUUAUUAUUAUUACAAAGGGAAAUUAGAUCACUGUCAUUAUUAAUAUUUUUAUAGUGGCAGUUACAUGAAAAGUAUCUUACAAAGGCAUGAUGCAUCGACUUAAUUUACUUGCGAUCGGAAUAGAUGCAAUUGAUGCAAAAAAUGAAAAAAAAAUCUGAUUUCAAAAGUUUUUUUUUAUAUAUUAGAAAAACGCACAGACUUUGAAGUAUAAAUAUAAAAUAUCUUAGUUGAUAAUAUUUUGUGUCCCGACCGACUUUGAUGAUAGGUCUAUAGAUAUCCCGGUAGGAUACCGAUAAUGUAUACCUUUUUAAUAGUUAGCAAUUGGAAGCCCAUGACUCGAGCCCUCUACGCAUUGCGGGACUCAUAGUUUUGUCAAUAGUUUAUAGCAUUGUUCAAUUCAUAGUAGUUCAUUUCAUAGAUUAAAGUAUAUUACCUGUCGUGCUAAGCAUACGCACAGAUUUGUAUAUAGAACGGAUGGGGAUUUGAUGUUGAAAAUUGUUUGUGAUAGAGAAAUAGUAGCGCGUAGAAAUUGUCAAUUGACGCUGCGCAUAUAUAUCAUCGUAUCUUUUCGUAUCUCAGCAUUUAAAAAAUUUUUUUCCUUCAAAAUAUGUAGCGAAACUCUUAUUCCGUGCUGUGAUCGUUUUGAUCAAAUUUAUGAUCUCUUUUAUUGUCACAUUUUAUUGCUUGAGUGCCCCAUCGAAUUUACGAUUAUGUUAAAAAAAAAAAUAAAAAAUAACGAAAUAUGUUCAGAUAUACAUAUAUACUAGUUGAAAAAUGUAAUUAUUGAUUUUAAGAGAUUACGCCUUAAUUAUCUGGCCUUUUAUAUGAUACGAUCAAAAUAGUGAAAAACUCAUCUGGGUACUCUAAGACAUAUUUUUAUAAAAGAUAGAUAUUAGAUGUAAUUACAGGAGUUAUUUCCUUUAUAUCGACUAAUUUUUAUUUUGACCAGCAAUAUAAUAUGUUUAUAAUUAUUUGUAAUUCUUAAUAAUCUACAAAUUAUUAACCAAUAUAUCAUUUUACAUAUAAAUAAAUUAUAGAGAAACUCUUUGCAACGAAAAAGAUGAUCGAAAACAAAUCUUAACAUUAAAAUGACUUAUCAGAGAAGACAGAAUUUUACUAGUUCAUUAAUGACUGAUGUUAUAAAUUAUGAUUUUCUGCAAUAAAAAAAGAGAACUUACUA